AUGGAGUUCUUAGCAAGGUCCUGGAGCCUGUCAGCAGCGGAGAUCUCCAAGGCCCUCAAGGUGCUCAGCUGCGGCAAGGCCGCCUCCGAUUCUCCUGCUGUUGUUGCUACGACGGAGAAGAGGCCAUCAACGCUGCUUGAUAGUAAUGAUCACCGCCAGCAGGUAAUAAAAAGAUCAAAUGAUGGGCAAGAAUACAUGGUACAUGAACCUGAUCGAUCGCUUGGCUGCCUGCUGCAGGGAGCAGACGCCGCCAUGGCGGUGGCGCAGGCAGGUGAAGCCGGCAGCGCGAUGAGCCCGCCCGUCUCUCCCAGGGCCAACCUGGACGUCAAGCUUCUUCGCGCCGCGGGGAGGGGGAAAACGGUGGGCGCGUGGAUCAAGGAGCAGCGGGAGAAGAAGCGCGCCGAGGCCCGGUCCCGCAACGCGCAGGCGUACGCGGCGACGUCCGUGGCCGGGGUCGCCGCGGCGGUCGCGGCGCUGGUGGCCGGCGCGGUCUUCUCGGCGCCUCCGCCGCCGGAGCAGCGGCCCAAGAGCGGGGGCGCGAGCAGCGCCACCAAGACCGCGGCGGCCGUGGCGUCCGCGGCCGCGCUGGUGGCGUCGCACUGCGUGGAGAUGGCGCAGGGGAUCGGCGCCAGCCACGACCAGAUCCUGGCCGCCAUCCACUCGGCCGUGAACGCGCAGACCAGCGGCGACGUCAUGGCGCUUACCGCCGGCGCGGCGACGGGUACGCACCGCACGACAACCCGGAGAAACUGA